GACGCGCGCUGCGACGCGCCUGUGCUGUGCUGUUUUACUUUUUAAUUUUAUUUUUUUUAAUUGUGCUGUGCACUCGGAUACCAUGAGGCUCAUUUUUUGGGUUACAGCCCUGGCUGUGCUCAGCUUAACAUACGCAAAGAACUCAACCACGAAAGCGAAACCGAAACGACAACUAGAUAAUAUCCGAACGCCUCAAAAUUUACAAUACUCUCUUGUUCUUCCUCACUCGAGAGUGGCUUCCUUCCGGUCAUUAACAAGCAGCCGAAGAAUUUCUCAUGGCGUACCGCGAGCUGGCAAACUUCCGCCAUACGCCGUCCAGAUGGAGCCUGUAGUCCAGUACUCACAAAAGGAUCCUCUCUAUGACCCGACUCUUGAUAACUUGGAUGAUACUGUAGUCAACCAGAAUGAAAUCUACGCUCAGCCUAAGAUCUUGAAUGUUCACGAUCAAUCAGCUGAAAGUUAUGGCCCUCCAUUUGGAUCACUCCUAACAGCUCCUUUGUACAGCCAAGGAGGUCAUCCCCACUACUACGAAGCCCCAGAGCCUAUUAUUGAGAUUAUCAUUAAAGAAUCAAAUGAAUCAUUACCCGCACCACCACCUCAGCCAAUCCCGAAAAAGAAGAAGGAACCUGUUCAAGUAUUCUACGUAAAAUAUAGCAAGGAUCCACAUUCUAAGGAUAAGGUCGUGUAUGAAAAGCCGGCCUGCAAUAACUCCCCGACCAACCAUCAAGAUGAAAAUGAGCACCAUGAAGACUACGUCACAGUGACUCCUGAACCAUUGUACCUGAAUCGCGAAACUACAACACUAAGAGCUAUUAUCAAACCCGAAUCUGAGCAAUAUCACAGUGACAGCAGUGUAAAAGUAACCUUUGGAAAUGAAGGUCAAGGCCGGCAUUAUAGUGAUAGGCGUGAAGGUAAUUCUCCAACUGAGGAUCACGAAGAAACUGCCCCGAGACCGGCUAUUGCGUAUCCUCAACAACAGCCAAUCCAUCCACCAUUAGAACGUUCAGCUACACCAAAACCUCAAUAUCAUGAACCUGCUUUAAGACCUCAAAGUCAUUCAGGUCCAACUCCGCAGACAUACCGACCUACCCAACAUGCGCAAAGCCGUAUUCAAUUCCAACAACCCAAUAUUCCUAACGAGCAGCAACUCCUACGACAAGGUCCUUCGGUUUCUCCAUUCCGAACACAAACUCUUGUUCCUCGCCCAAAUCCACAGGGUCCUUCUCCAUCAGCUAGCUCCAUUGGUUCUUUUGCAAACAGCGGCCUGGGACCUUUCUUUGCUAAUAAUAGCCCUGGACCUAUUACUCACUUCAGUAAUGGCCCUAGUAUCCCAGGACCUGUUGGCCCUACCUUCCCUCCUGCGUUCUCUCGGCCAUCUAACAAUCCACCAUCAUUCCAUUCUCGUCAGAAUCCCCCAUUUGCAUCUAGGCCGCAUUUCAAUGGUCCUCCAAGAGGCCCACCUGCUUUCCAUUCUGGUCCACAGAGACCAUUCCAUCAAGGUCCAGCUCAGCCAUUCUUUGACGAACCCAAAUACUUGCAAGAAAAUUAUCACACCAUAACAACUGAGCAGAUUGACCAAUCUAAAGACCAGUUGGCACCAAAUAAGCCCCCUAACUUUAAUUUCAUUCCCAAACCUAGCCCAAGCCCUACGCCUUCUCAUUUCCAAGAACAUCUGUCGCGUCCUCAGCAUAUUCCCACCAGCCAACAGAUACCCCAGCAAAGACCACCUCAACAGUUCUUAGACUCUCACAGCAAACCCUCCUUUGGUGCAUCUCCCAGCAGAUCUCCUUUCUUCAACCUAAAACCAUCGCCUCCGCAGGUCGACGACAAUCGUCCUCCUUUCCAUCAGUUCUCGUCCGCACAAAAUCAACCACAGCAGCCUCCGUUCAGUUUCCACCAAGGACCUCAAUCUCAGCCAAGACCUACACCUCUAAUACCUACUCAGCAAAGCAUCCGCAACCAGCACUCCUUCCCAGGCCCUUCUCCCAUCCCUCAUACACAGUUCCUUCCUCAACCUUCAUCCCCUCCACUAUUCAACUACCACGCACAACCAUCUCCGACACCAGAGCUACAAAGCCAAUUCCAUCAAAUAUCACCUUCCGAGAGACCACAUUUCGCUCAACCACAAGGCCCAAGUGAAAGACCAUUCUUGGGUAGUCAGUCCAGUUUCCAUGACCAGGGCAAUCUUCAACAUCAACAGAAUGUUGGUCAAUUCGUUCCAAACGGCGGAGAAUUGGUUGCCGCUAUACCCAAAUAUGAGCAACAUAUUACAGUAACAGGACCUACAACUGACUACAGUAGCCUAAGCGGAUCUAAUCAACCCACGCCUGCAGCCAGCCAUAAUGCUGAGCAACAAUAUCAAGAACAACAAAAGCAACAACAACUGGAACAUCAUCAGCAACAACAGAUUAGACAACAACAACAACAGUAUCAUCAGCAACAACAAGAUCAACAACGGCUUCAACAGCAACAACAACAAUAUCAGCAACAGCAGCAACAACACCAACGUCAGCAGCAACAACAAAGAGAGCAGGAGCAGCAACAGCAGCAACAAUAUGAUGCUGAGCAAGAACAGGUCAGGCUACAGUUAGCCCAAAACGUCAAAAAACAACAAGAGGAAAUUCAACGACUUCAAUCCCAACUAUUGCAAGCUCAACAACAGCAGCCACAGCAACAGUAUCAACUAACUCAUUCUCGUAAUAACUACAAUCAACAACAAUUCGAAAGCUCAUCACCUAAGUACCAGUUCUCAAAUGAAAGACAACAGCAACAUACUUUCUCCUCUAGCACCCCAUCUCCGACCUACUAUCAAUCGACCUCCAGAACUGUCGAAAUAAAGCCAACCACCCAAAAGUACGUCUCGUCUACAUUGAAUUCGAUUAGCACUACUCCCGAGGCGAAGAAGGAAGAGAAGAAAAACAAAAAGCCUGCCGUAGAACUUCCUGACGAAGUUCCGGAUGAUCUUCGCCAACAACUGCUGUCAUCGGGUAUCUUAGACAACGCUGACAUUAGCAUCUUAGAUUAUGAUAAGGUUGGAGAGACUCCUUUAGAAUCUUUGCCUCCAGAUCAGUUGGCCAACUUCUUCAGCGCUGGUGGUGGACAACAAAUAGCCGCAAGCGAAAACAGGCCAUUUGUAGUAAAACCCAACGGGGACUUCAUUCAAUCAAGAAUCGAUGAUGAAGAAGAGGACGACCAGGAAAUCGCUGCAUCAGAAAAUGUGCCAAGCUAUGUAGCACCACCACCGUCACAAAAACAAGCUGUAGAAAUGAAAGUAGUCCACUUCGAUCCUAAAAGUCACAAGGGCCAGAAUAUUGCGAAGGAGUAUGUUAAAGAAGAUGCUACCCAAUUAGAGCCUGUCGCUUUAAACGAUAAGAAAUAUAACAGAUACUUGCCACUGAAAGUGAGUGGUAACCAAUUUCCUCUGCCUGAUAUCUUGAAGGGUAGGAAAGUAACUUCAGUUGUCGUGUUAGCCCCUGUUGAAACUGAGGCUUUGAAUGGUGAUCAUUCCAGGGCCGAACGUGCAACUAGCACUAGCUUAAAAGGCAUUAAGUUCGUCGCUGGUGACAGCCUGUAUGACUUGUUGAAACGGCCAUCAAAGGAGAAUUUCGAGAAAUGGCUUGAAACUGAAAAGAAGACAGAGUCAGAUCUCCAGUCAGUUAUUCUACUUGUGCUCGGAAAUGACACGGCUCCAGAAGAAAAGGAAAUCUUCAUGUACGACAUAUCUUCAGGAAACGUCAACAAGCUCAGUGGUGAACUCUCAAACGCCUUUGUUGAAGCAGCUGAAAACAACUCACUCAGCAAAGAUAUUGAAAAGCUCGCAAUAGAAGGAGAGGGAACUCCAGAAAACUUCGACAAAGAAUCAGAAGACAAGAUCGCUGAAGGAUCAGAAAACGUGCCAUUAUUAGUAGACUUGUCUGGGCUCAGUCUAGACCAAGAAACCAGCAAUCAAGUGUCAAUAUCAUCGGGAUACAGUAAAACGAAACUCGGACGAUCAUUAAGAAGGCAUUCAUAAUACGCGCCGCAAGGCGUGUGACCUUGUAAAUAGUGUAGAAUAGUAUUACUAAAUUAAAACUACGUGAUUUCACGUACUUAGUCCAUAUUUUUGUACGAAAGUGAUAAUCGGGUUGUACAAUAUAAAGUACUUGAAAA